UCGGAUCAAAGCCGAGGAAAUCUUUCUCUGCUGGAGGAAAAAUAUAAAUGUGUCAAAAUGGAGCGUCUCUAUAGCAAAAGAGACAGAACAACCAUUGGACAAUUUGCUGUCCUCAUCAAGUAUAUGGAGGAAAACUUGGCAUUUGCCAAGCAGAAAGCAAGGGGAAAUCUGUAUGAGGACGGUGUACGGGAAAAAUGGAAAGAUCUCGCUGAUCAGCUAAAUUCCCGCGGACCUCCAGUGAGGGAUUGGAAGACAUGGCGAAAGGUGUGGAAUGACUACAAAUUCGAGACACGGAAGAAGAUUAGAUUGUCAAACACAUACAAACCCACAGAUGGACAGAAGCCUCCGAAGAACUUUGAAUUGACGGAAAAUCAGAAAAGAGUUAUGAGACUUCUGAUGCGGGAUCCAGGAUCAUCAGAUGAGGCAGAUCCAGUUGCCCUGAGUCCAGCACAGCUGAGUCCGCAGCCGCCGUCGUUGGAGUCCAACAGCAAUAUGGCAGCAGAGUACCUUCAGAUGAUCCACCAGCAGGACCAUGAUCCAUUUGAGGAUACAAGUAUCCUGGGCCAUUCAACAGAUGCCAGACAGGAUGGUCAGUCUAUCAGCAAUUCUAGGCUGCUUAAGACAAUUUACGAACAUCUUCAACUGGUGCUGGAACACAAUGCAAAGAUGCAAGCAAUGGAAGAGCGACGUCUGGAAGUGGAAGAAAGGAGGCUCGUGAUUGAGGAAGAGCGUCUUCGAAUUGAACAGGAGCGCUGGGAAAUUGAGAAGGAGAUGCUGACUAAGAAGGAAGCAUCCAAAUGAAGAGUACCAAACAUUUAACUAUUUUUUAUUCCUCUUGUAUAUACCUAUAAAUUGAUCAAUGAAUAUAUUAUUGCUAUGACCAACUAAUUGCACCAAGCAAUUAGGCACUAUUAUUAUUAA